CGGCGUCAACAGCGACAACAGCACCAACAGCAGCAGCAUGCGGCCUCGAUGGAGGAACGCCGCCGCCGCUACGAGGAGGAGAUGGAGGAGGAGGAGCUGAAGUACGGCGCGAAGCACGUCAUCAAGCUCUUCAUCCCCGUCUCCCUCUGCAUGCUCGUGGUGGUGGCCACCAUGAACACCAUCUCCUUCUACCGCUCCACCAACGUCUACAUGAUCUACACGCCCUUCACCGACCAGAACGUGGACAACACCACCAAGAUCCUCCAGUCCUUCGCCAACGCCUUCAUCCUCCUCGGCUUCAUCGUCGUGAUGACCACCGUCCUCAUCCUCCUCUACAAGUUCCGCUGCUACAAGAUCAUCCACGGCUGGCUGAUGAUCAGCUCGCUGAUGAUGCUCUUCCUCUUCACCUUCACCUACCUGGCGGAGGUGCUGCGCGCCUACAACGUCCCCAUCGACGUCUACAGCGUCGCCCUCUUCAUGUGGAACUUUGGCGUGGUGGGCAUGAUCUGCAUUCACUGGCGCGGGCCGCUCCUCCUUCAGCAGGGCUAUCUGAUCAUGAUCAGCGCCCUCAUGGCGCUCGUCUUCAUCAAGUUCCUCCCCGACUGGACCACCUGGGUGGUGCUUGGGGUCAUCUCCGUCUGGGACCUGGUGGCGGUGCUGGCGCCCAAGGGGCCGCUGCGCAUUCUGGUGGAGACGGCCCAGGAGCGCAAUGAGUCCAUCUUUCCGGCGCUGAUCUACUCCUCGGCGGUCGCCUACAUGACCACAGCUACCACGGAUGAUGGGGCUGGGAAUGGAGGAAGUGGAAAUGGAAGUGGAAAUGGAAGUGGAAAUGGAAGUGGAAAUGGAAGGGAGGCAAAUGUCCUCUUCGACGUUCGAGAUCGACACCAGCAACAGCAGCGAAGAGCAGUGGCCGUCGUUUCGCCCGAACAACAGCAGCAGCAGCAGCGACCUGGAGAGGAAUCCGAGGUGAUUGUCGUCCAGCCACAACAAUCUCGACGACGAUCCUCUGAAAACGUUCCACCACAGCUGAAUGAGCCUUCGGUAAAUCCAAACCCAAACGACACUGCCCGAAACGGUCCACCACUUUCAAAUGACACCACUGAGGAGGAGGAGGACGAGGAGCGAGGGGUGAAGCUUGGCCUGGGUGACUUCAUCUUCUACUCGGUGCUGGUGGGCAAGGCGAGCAGCUAC